AGGAAUUCACUUCAUAUCUACCCAUAAUUCAGAAAAUACACUUUCUGCUUUCACAGUUAUUAAUAGCCUCGCCUCAAGUCUUAGGUACAUGGCUAAGCACAUUAUCUUACUGACCCUGGUGGCCCUAUCGUUGGGCUUUCUUGCAUUUGCCUUCGAGCCUAGCCCACUGCAGGAUUUCUGUGUUGCAGAUUCAACUAGCUCAGCAAGAGUGAAUGGUCAACCAUGCAAGAACCCUGCAUUAGUUCAAGCCAGUGACUUCUCCUUCAGUGGGCUGCACCUACCUGGAAACACAUCGAACCCAAACGGCUCCAGGGUCACCCCAGUUUCUGUAGCCCAGCUGCCAGGGCUCAACACUCUUGGAAUCUCAAUAGUUCGUAUCGACUACGCACCAUGGGGAAUCAACCCUCCACACACUCACCCCAGAGCCACUGAAAUUUUGACAGUCUUAGAGGGUUCUCUUCAAGUCGGAUUCGUCACAUCAAAUCCUGACAAUAGUCUCAUCACAAAAACCCUUCAGAAGGGAGAUGUGUUUGUAUUCCCAGUAGGACUUAUUCACUUCCAGCGCAACGUGGGAACUGGAAAUGCUGUUGCCUUUGCUGCAUUGAGCAGCCAGAAUCCUGGAGUUAUCACAAUUGCAAAUGCAGUUUUCGGGUCGAAGCCUGAUGUUAGUAGUGAUAUUCUUGCCAAGGCAUUCCAAGUGGAUAAGCGUGUUGUGGAUCAACUCCAGGCCAGAUUCUAGGGAUGCAGCAUAAAAAAUUUAGGAGAUGAAAGCCAAUUUGCAAUUCGUCGUUCAUGCGUUCUCUUUGUUGUUUUUUUCUCUGGGCGGGUUAAUUUGUAUGUUUCAGUUCUCCUCUUUUUUGUUCUUCUGGGUGAGUACAUUUGUAU